AUGGAUUUCGCGCCCUACCAAUCCGAGUCCCCCGAAGCUUCCCGCUCCUACAAUCGUCCGCUAUCACCACCUGUCAGAGCAUCGACGUAUUCACCGCUGCCAGCUUCGUCGCAGCUGCCGCCGCCGAUAUUACCACCAGGAGGGGGCUACAGACCGAGUGGAUGGGGCUCCGGGGAUAGGGAGACAGUUAAUCAGUUUGAGACCAGCUUGCCGAUACGACUCGACUGGGAGGCUGUCAUGGCAUACGUUUUGUUACCGCCUGCAGGAGGCGUGUUGUUAUUGAUCAUGGAGCACAAGAGCGACUAUGUCAGAUUCCACGCAUGGCAGUCAUCACUACUCUUCGCGGCCCUUGUGAUUCUGCACGCCUUCCUCAUGUUCUCGGCGUUCCUGUCGUAUACGCUGCUGCUCGUCGACUUGGGCCUCAUUGCGUGGUUGAGUUUGCACGCGUACAGAGACGCGGACACACUGGAUAGAUGCGAAGUGCCUUUCUUCGGACCGCUCGCGAGCUCGAUUCUGGACGAUGAGUGA